AUUGUUACAUAUUCCUUAAAUACACAGUGUCCAUCGUAUCUUGGGAGAUUUGAACUCGCAAGUUUGUUUUAGAAGUGUGGCUCUGUUGGUCGAUGGGAGUGGCUUUAUCCGCGCAUUGACAAUUUGCUCGCUACAUGGAGUCAUAAGUGUGUUAGUUCGUUUCGUAUUCGUGCGUUUAGUACACUGUGUACAGUGACCGAAUUGGUUGAGUCUCGGCUUAAAAAGGAAAUAACUGUGCGGGUAUCCUUCGGAAGUGUCAAGUUUCGUAUUUUGUGUGUAAACAUUGGCGAUUUGAAGAAAUUACGACUUUUAUUGUGUUUCUAGCAAGUGAAAAAAUUACCGUGGCUGUGAAGUGAGCGGAUUAGCAACCAGUCAUAUCGAUUCGGAGUUCUUGUAUCUAAUGUCUGCCCAAAAGCCUUUGCAACUUAAUUAACACCAUUAUCUCGUACAGAUUAUAAUAUCGCAGCGAUGUUUCAAGAUUUAACAUAGGGCACGCGUCGUCGGCCCCUGCCGCCGCCGCUGUGACCGACCCCGCGAAACACCCAGCCAACGGUAACAGCGGUAACGGCAUUUCUACGCGUUCUGCGAUGCUCAUAGUCGAAGACGGGACGCUAGAUGUGAAUGGGGCUACUGACGGGACCUCCACGUCUCUGGGGGGACCUUUUACCCUUCUCGUGGACUCGACGGGGGUCGUCGUCGUGCCCCAGAGUCCCACGUCGGCCACUAAACCAUUGAAAACCGCAUCCGAGAUACGGAUCUUGUUGCAGUCUGGUCGCAAGCAUGAGGUCAAGCAAAUAUUGCGGUCUAAUUCGUGGCCUGCCAACCAUCCGAUACGAAAAGAACUGUGGCCGAUGCUUUGCGCGCAGCACCACGCUGCGGGCGGGGUUUCGGGCGACGGUUUCUAUUGGGACAUGGUCGUUCAAGUUUUCGGUACGUCCGAAUUACCCGAACGUCCGGUCAGUCUUCCGCCGUUCGUCGAACCGUCUCGUUGCCACGCCUACCACCUGACGAGGGCGGGGCGCGCUUCGGCGGAUCGGGUCGUUUCUGUGCUGGGAUACGCCUGUCCGGAUAUCGUGUACAGUCCCGCCAUCUAUCCGCUCUGCGCGUUGCUUCUGCAUUACGUGACCGAAGAAGAAGCAUAUCACUGCAUGGCUAGCUUAGUUUCGUCGAAGGACAAAACUUUCAUCACGCAGACGAAAUUAUUGUACGAAGUGACGUGGAAAACUGUAAUGCAAAUUUGCAGAAAGCACGUGAAAGGCGCAGCCGUGCACCUGCAACGACACUGCAACAACACCCGAGUGGAGCGUAUCUACAUGGACUGGAUCUGGUGGAUCUUCCAGGGGUUACCGUUUCAGCACUUGGUUCGGAUCUUGGACUGCUUUUUUCACGAGGGGGUCAAGGUAUUAUAUCGAAUCGUUAUGGCUAUCCUGAUCCUGUUCCACAAAUAUUCCUCGUCGUCCUCGUCGGAGUGGUCGACUGAGAUCCAGAAAAAUGGCAUCGAUUUGGCACUGAACAAGUUCUGCAGAGAAAUGCCUGUUACGCCGCAAAAAGUAUUAAAGGUUGCAUUCGGGAUAAGAGGUUUAAGCUCCUCGUACAUAUCCCGAGUGUUCAUAAAGACUGAGAUGCUCCUAAAGAGCAAACACGUGAUUCAUGGCUCUAGACAGUUGGUUAGGUCAAGGUCGAGCGAAAAUCUACCCAACAGUCAGAGCCAGAAUAAUAUUCAGAUGGUCUCGCACACAUUAACGAUACGAGAGAGUCCUUCAUACUUGUACCUUGCCAAGUGGUUCCCAUUUUCCCGACCCGUAUUUGACGACGAAGAUCUUCAUUCCAGAUCCAGAAAAAUGUUGCUAACGUUAUGGUCGUGGCUGCCGGUCCGUAUCACGAUGUAUCAGCCGAUCCUUCUCUAUACCACGGAGGAGCAUGGAUGCUCGCUGACUACGUUCUACGUCAGGGUGGAACAACAUGAACCCACCCUUCUGAUGAUUAAGACAUGUAACAAUGAGGUAUUUGGUGCUUAUUGCUCAUCGCGUUGGUGCGAACGUAACCAAAAAGAUGAUCGGGGCAACAGGCAGGCUUACUUCGGUACAGGCGAAACCUUCCUGUUUUCACUCUACCCGGAACGCGCCAAGUAUCCCUGGGUAGGGAUGGACGGGGAUCGAAACGUUACCCACGGCGCCGAACUGUUUAUGGCCGCCGAUAGCAAAAUGAUCACCAUUGGCGGAGGUGAAGGCCAAGCUAUAUGGAUGGAUGAAAAUAUCAGAUACGGAAAAACUGAUCACUGCGCGACAUUCAAUAACCCACCGCUCUGUCCAAGCGGUGAUUUCGAAAUACGGGUGCUCGAAGUCUACGGAUUCGCCACGGACAUGAAUUGAGAAGUCGAGACGAAAACCCGCAUACAACGAAGAAGGCAACAUAAAAUUUCAGGCAAACGAUAAAAAACAAUCACACAGGUGCAUUGUUUCCGACGCCCUCGAGAUACCCAAAAGUAUGUAAGAAGCGUUCUCAUUUCCUAAUCAAAAUGUAGUGGUGACAAUGCCACGGAAGGGUUGCCCUUACAUAUUACUUUGAUUUCACGACAAAAAUACAUAUACACAAUUGGAAGUAUGUGAUGAGUUAAUUUCCACACAGGAUCAGAUGAAAGAGACAUUGGAGCGAGUUAUGCUCUGCUGGCUUGACCUUGCUGAAAGUUUUCAAAGUAAAGUUUCAGGCUACCUGUAUAGCAUCAAUGGGAACGAAACUGGCCGAUAUAAUUCUAAUUAUUAAGAUUCCCAAUCCUUUAAUCUUACUAUCUCACCUGGAGAUAUUGUUGAAUAUUGGGAAAACAAGGCCUAUGAUGCCUCUAAUUGUAGUGACGAAACUUAUCACAUGCUUCUCAUCCCAAACUGGUAACAUAACUUCAAUGUUGCCAUACUUGAGUGCCGAGAUGUCAACGACAACCUUAAAAAAGGUUUUUGACGAGUACUAGAUCUAGUCCUAUUAGCUUUGUAUUGUUUAUAUUUAAUUGUCCUGUAACGGUAACCUUCGUACAUUUCAAAAAAUGUAAUCUUUGUAUAUACCAUCCAUUCAUCACUUGUAAUUUCUUUUAGCAGGGAAAGCUGUCUGUUUUUGUUAUUUAAGUUUAAAGUUUGUUAUGUGCCAAACUGAAAGUGCUGGGGGAAAAUUAAGUCUCCCCCCUGGCUGGCAACAGAGUAUUUUUUUGUUUUUUUUUUUUUGUGCGACUGUAGUAUGCAAGUGAAUCCCGCGAUUUCAGCAACGUUUUUUUUUUGAAAUUUUGACAAUUAACUUUAUAUACAGGGUGGUACAACCUAUAAUGGAUUUACUGUAACAGAAUAUUCAGCAGAUUCAGAUAAGUAAAAAAGUUGAGGGUAUUGAAAUAUUGCCAUAAUUUCGGAGACCGUUUUAGUUUCAAAUUGAUCAGAGUAUUUAAAUUUAUAAAUAAUAAACAAUUUAUAAACAAUUGUUUAUGCUAUAAACUUGUUUUUAAGUGGCAAUAAAUAAGAAAGCCAUUUAUUAUGUGAAUAUUUUCUUUAUUUUUUUUUAUCUGCUGAUUACGCCGUGAAAGUUUCUCCGCUAUAACUUUUUAUUAUUAGUUUUUCAAAAUCUUGCACAAAAUUACUUGAAUAUUAAUUUUUGAAAAAACAAUCUGUUUUAAAUUUUUACUUUCAAAUACUACUGGGAAUAGUAUUCUGUAAACAAAUUUCAAAAUUAUUGUAUUAUAAUAUUUAGUUAAUGUAGCUAUCGGAGCUUUAAUAAAAACCAACAUUUUACAAAUUGCACAAUGCAAUCGCGCUGGGUUUUAAAUUAAAAAAUUGUUUUUCAUUGCUAGUAUUUUUUAUUGAUGUUACGUGUUAUUAAAGUUUUUAAAACUGACGAGAAUGGAUGUGGACGAGCAAAAUCUUGAAAGCAAAAAAUCAAAUUGCUAGUACAAAUAUGUAACAAGUCAGCAACAAAUUUAUUGUUAAUUCUUGUACAUCACAGUAUCAUUACUGAUGGUUCGUGUAGACUGUUUUAGUAUUCUUAUUUUUUGUUUUAACCGGCUUUUUUUAGUUGUAACAUUUUAAUGUUUUUUUGUUGUUGUAUAUAGAAUAAAAGUAUUUAAAAAAUGUUGUCCUAUGGUUUUUGGUUUACAUAAUUUGCAGAAAACUACAAUAAGAAGUAAAAAUUUUGAAUGAAGACACAGUCGUUACAGUUUUUCUAAAUUGACAAAAAGUGUGGAAAUAUCGCGUCAUAAACACAUUGCAUUUUUGUGGGUGAUGAGAUUUUCAAACAAUGGCGUCCGUUUUAAUAAUAUUUAUGUUUUUAAGUUUGUUUUCCGAAACACCAUAUCAGCAGAGAGAAACCACCGCUAUUGCUUUUCAAAGCGUAAUUAUUUAAAAUUAGGAAAAAUUGUAUUGAUAAACCCGUGCAACGAAGAAACCGAAAGUUUUAGUAAAAACAAAGUGAAUUUCUUGUGUCUUAGAGCAGUGCUUGAAUGUGAUGUUAUAUAAGUUAGAGUCGUAUUUUAGCAAUUCGCUGUCGUGAUAUUUGUAGGUAAAUUUGUCGACCCAUAAAAUGGCGUAUAAGCUUCUUCUUGUUGUGUAUCUACUAUACAUAGAGUAUGUUCUAUAUGUAUUAUAUAUUAUUUGAAUUUUUGUAAAUAAGAUUUUUAUUGCGCUGUUGCUGUUGACUCUUGGGUUGAAGUAAUUUCUGAAGAGCCGAAAUCAGUUGGUGCAUGGAUUUUGUUAAGAAAACUACAUGCGGGGCAUAUCAUUUUUAUGUCAUAGUCUCUAGCAAACAAGGUGCAUUACGCAUUAUCUAAUCCACAAGUGAAAAUAUUAAUAAUUUUGUUCCACAGAGAUAAAAUUUAUUUCCUUAAGUUUUCCAAACAAUUUUUUGAAUGGCCUAGGAUUAAAUAAUUUUUUUUUUCGUUUCCUUUAUUCAAAAUUUUUAUUGCAUCCUCCCUUCGUAAAUGAAGCUAUCAAAUUUGGGCCAUAUUGUCGGAUACGUUAAAUUUGCAAAUAGGCCUUAGGUACUGGAGGUGUUUAAGUUAUGUAGACUAAACCAAACAGUUCUCAGGUUAACACUGCCUAACGGUUUUGCUCUCUCCACAUAACAAAAGAGAUUGAUAUAUCUUCCAUUAUACCUGAUAGAAAUCUUCUAUUUAUAGUAAAUAUUUGCUGAUAUUUUCAAGUUGCUCAGCUUUUUAAAUAAAUUUUUGAAUUUUACGAAUGACUGGUUCAUCUUUGGCGAGAAAAAUUGCGCAAAGAUUUACAGAAGUUACUUCAAGCCAAUGUUGAUUCAUGUAAAUGUUUUGUUACUUUAUGGUAUAAGCAAUAACGGAUGUGAUAAUUAGUUUCGAGACUGUUACCUGUUUGGUUGACAAGUUCUGGUUGAGUUGAUGCAAACAUCUAGCACAUAAAAAAAGUAAGGUGUAUGUGCCUGUUUUAGACGAAGGUAAAUUAGUUAUUGUUGUUGUGACGGUGUAUGUUAUAUACAACUUUUUUCCUAUGCUUAUAUCCAAUAUUUAAACAUUCUGACUGUUUACCUGUAGUUACCAGUUCUUUGUACCGACAUUUGAUUUGUAUUCAGUAUCAUAAAUGUCUU